GUGCAUUUUCAACUUUUCAAAACAAGCUCGAAUUGGAGUGUGGUUCCACUAGAAGAGUGACAACACUUAAUUUGACGAAAGCAUUAAUAUUCACAGCUUGGAAAGAGAUAAUUUUCACAGCCUUCUCAUCCUGCUAUACACGGGGUCUUGUUAUGUUGGUCCAUAUCUUAUUGAUACUUUUGUUCAAUACCUCAAUGGGCGAAUGGAGUUAAAAAAUGAGGGCUAUAUUUUGGUUUCUAUAUUUUUUUCUUGCAAAGAUUGUGGAGUGCCUCUCAGCGAGGCAAUGGUUCUUUAUGGUGCAGCAGAUUGGAGUAAGGAUCCAAGCAGUUUUGGUUGCGGUAAUAUAUAAUAAGGGUUUGACCCUAUCAUGUCAAUCCAAGCAAGAGCAUACUAGUGGAGAGAUUAUCAAUUUCAUGACUGUUGACGCUGAAAGAGUUGGUGAUUUCAGUUGGUGCAUGCACGAUAUAUGGAUGGCCAUUGUCCAAAUUGCUUUGGCAUUGGUAAUUUUGUAUAAAAAUCUUGGUUUUGCUGCAAUUGCAGCAUUCGUUGCAACUGUACUAAUAAUGUUGUUGACUGCCCCUUUGGCAAACUUGCAAGAGAAUUAUCAGGAAAAGUUGAUGGAGUCAAAAGAUAGAAGGAUGAAGGCUACAUCUGAGAUUUUGAGGAACAUAAGGAUUCUCAAGUUGCAAGCAUGGGAGAUGAAGUUUUUGUCUAGGAUUAUUGAGCUGCGGAAAUCUGAAGAAAAUUGGUUGAAAAAAUUGGUUUACACUUCAUCCAUGACAACAUUUGUCUUCUGGUGUGCCCCAACAUUUGUAUCUGUUGUCACUUUUGGUGCUUGUAUUCUGUUUGGGACCCCACUUGAAUCUGGGAAGAUCUUAACUGCACUAGCAACAUUUAGGAUUCUUCAAGAGCCUAUCUUUGAACUCCCAGGCGCAAUUUCUAUGAUUGCGCAAACGAAGGUAUCCCUUGAUAGAAUAGCUUCAUUUUUGAGCCUUGAUGGCUUGCAACCAAAUGUUAUAGAGAAGCUUCCGAGAGGCAGUUCUGAUUUGGCGAUUGAGAUAUUUGAUGGAACUUUCUCCUGGGACUUAUCUUCCCCAAAUGCAACAUUGAAACAUAUUAAUUUUCGAGUGUCCCAUGGAAUGAAGGUUGCUAUUUGUGGUAAUGUUGGCUCAGGCAAGUCGAGCUUGCUUUCGUGUAUCCUAGGAGAAGUUCCAAAGAUAUCUGGGACUCUUAAAUUGUGUGGGACAAAGGCCUAUGUUCCACAGUCACCAUGGAUACAGAGUGGCAAAAUAGAAGAAAACAUUUUAUUUGGCAAGGAGAUGGACAGAGAAUGGUAUGAGCGGGUUCUACAAGCAUGUUCCCUGAAUAAGGACUUGGAAAUCCUCUCAUUUGGUGAUCAAACAGUAAUUGGGGAGAGAGGAAUUAAUUUGAGUGGAGGACAAAAACAAAGAAUACAAAUUGCGCGUGCCUUGUACCAGGAUGCUGAUAUCUAUCUGUUUGAUGAUCCAUUUAGUGCUGUGGAUGUUCAUACUGGAUCCCACCUUUUCAAGGAAUGCUUGCUUCGUCUUUUGAGUUUCAAAACAGUGAUUUAUGUUACUCAUCAGCUGGAGUUUUUACCUGCUGCUGAUCUAAUAUUGGUCAUGAAAGAUGGAGUGAUUACCCAAUAUGGGAAGUACAAUGAUCUUCUUAAUUCAGGAGCUGAUUUUAUGGAACUUGUGGGUGCGCACAAGAAAGCUUUGUCUACAAUCAACAGUUUAGAAGCAAGGACAGUUGAAAACAUAAGUUUGUAUACAAAAGAUAUAUGCUUUACUAGCACAAAUGAGGUUAUGGAGAAGGUAGAGAAUAAAUAUGCUCAAAACAAUAAAACUUAUGGAGUUGUGCCAGAAGGACAACUUGUUCAAGAAGAAGAGAGAGAAAAAGGUGGAGUUGGGUUAUCGGUCUAUUGUAAAUAUCUCACACUAUCAAAUGGAGGAGCUCUAGUUCCUUGUAUCUUUCUUGCACAAGUCUGUUUUCAGAUCCUUCAAAUUGGAAGCAAUUAUUGGAUGGUUUGGGCAACUCCCAUCUCAAAAGAUAUAGAGCCCGUUGUUGGAGAAGCUACACUUAUGCUUGUCUAUUUUGCUUUGGCCAUUGGAAGUUCAUUUUGUAUCCUUACAAGAGUUACUCUACUUGCAACAGCUGGGUAUAAGACAGCAACUCUACUCUUUAAUAAAAUGCAUCACUGCAUUUUCCAUGCUCCCAUGUCAUUCUUUGAUGCCACUCCAAGUGGACGAAUCCUCAACAGGGUAAGCGAAUUUUAUGUUUAUGCACACUGCUUUAAUCUGAGUGUUGUCACAACAGUCUCGUUAAUGCGACUUUGAAUUCUUGCAGGCUUCUACUGACCAAAGUGAAGUGGAUCUGAAUAUUCCUUUUCAAGUUGGAACAUUUGCUUUCACUUUUAUCCAGCUCGUGGGAAUAAUUGCAGUAAUGUCCCAGGUUGUGUGGCAGGUCUUUAUCGUUUUUUAUGCCAGUUACCGCAGCCUGUAUCUGG